GGGGCUGCGUGCGCCAUGGAGCCGCGGUGCCCGCCGCCGUGCGGCUGCUGCGAGCGGGUGGUGCUCAACGUGGCCGGGCUGCGUUUCGAGACGCGGGCGCGCACCCUGGGCCGCUUCCCGGACACGCUGCUAGGGGACCCUGCGCGUCGCGGCCGCUUCUACGACGGCGUGCGCCGCGAGUACUUCUUUGACCGGCACCGGCCCAGCUUCGACGCGGUGCUCUACUACUACCAGUCUGGCGGGCGGCUGCGGCGGCCGGCGCACGUGCCGCUCGACGUCUUCCUGGAGGAGGUGGCCUUUUACGGGCUGGGCACGGCGGCGCUGGCGCGCCUGCGCGAGGACGAGGGCUGCCCCCUGCCGCCCGAGCGCCCCCUGCCCCGCCGCGCCUUCGCGCGCCAGCUCUGGCUGCUCUUCGAGUUCCCCGAGAGCUCGCAGGCCGCGCGCGUGCUCGCCGUCGUCUCCGUGCUCGUCAUCCUCGUCUCCAUCGUCGUCUUCUGCCUCGAGACGCUGCCGGACUUCCGCGACGACCGCUACAACCCGGGGCUUGCUGCGGUAGCGGCUGCUGGCCCGUUCCCCGCUCGGCUGAAUGGUUCCAGCCCAGUGCCUGGACCCCUGUCUCGCAUGCCCUUCGAUGACCCGUUCUUUGUGGUGGAGACGUUGUGUAUCUGUUGGUUCUCCUUUGAGCUCCUGGUGCGCCUGGCGGCCUGCCCAAGCAAGGCAGCCUUUUUCAAGAACGUGAUGAACCUCAUCGAUUUUGUGGCCAUCCUACCCUACUUUGUGGCGCUAGGCACCGAGCUAGCCAGGCAGCGGGGUGUGGGCCAGCAGGCCAUGUCACUGGCCAUCCUGCGAGUCAUCCGACUGGUGCGCGUCUUUCGAAUCUUCAAGCUGUCCCGGCACUCAAAGGGCCUGCAGAUCUUGGGCCAGACACUACGGGCCUCCAUGCGUGAGCUGGGUCUCCUCAUCUUCUUUCUCUUCAUCGGUGUGGUCCUCUUCUCCAGCGCAGUCUACUUUGCUGAGGUCGACCGGGAAGACUCCCAUUUCACCAGCAUCCCUGAGUCCUUUUGGUGGGCGGUGGUCACCAUGACCACAGUUGGCUAUGGAGACAUGGCUCCCGUCACUGUGGGUGGCAAAAUAGUGGGUUCUCUGUGCGCCAUCGCUGGAGUGCUGACCAUUUCUCUGCCCGUUCCGGUCAUUGUCUCCAACUUCAGCUACUUUUACCACCGGGAGACAGAGGGCGAAGAGGCCGGGAUGUACAGCCAUGUGGACAUGCAGCCCUGUGGCCCACUGGAGGGCAAGGUCAAUGGGGGAUUGAUGGAUGGAGAGAUGCCUGAGCUACCACCUCCACUCUGGGCACCCCCUGGGAAACACAUGGUCACCGAAGUGUGA